AUGCCGCACUUACCAUUGCCUGACUACGAUAAGGUCCACGGCCUUAAGGACCUCAUUCCACGUCUUGCGUUGCCUUUCGACUUGCACGACCAUUCCGACCCUGUUCCGGGUACAGAGACUGAAGAGUUCUCUCCAAUCUUCAGAAACGGUUAUUUGAAAGGUGGCGAGCCAGUCGGUUACCUCCAUGACUCCCUCUUAACCUUCUACGACUUCUUCGAGCAGUCGGUCAAGCUCUUUGGUAAGAACAAGUCCAUUGGCCACAGAGAGUUUAAUCCAAAGACCGGCAAGUUCAACGAGUAUUACUCUUGGGACACCUAUGACCAAUUGGCCGCCAAUAGAACCAAGUUCGGAUCCGCUAUGAUGCACUUGGUCGAGAAGUAUGCCCCAGAUGCUGAUCUGGAGAACUUUGUGCUUACGCUGUUCUCCGCAAACAAGCCUGAAUGGAUUGUUGCCGAUUUGGCGUGCCAUGCCUACUCCAUCCCAAACACUCCGUUAUACGAUACUUUGGGACACGAGUCUACUGAAUAUAUCCUCAAGUUGACAGAGUCCCCAAUUGUGCUUCUCUCAAAGAACAAAAUCCAAAAAGUAUUUGAGGCUCACACCCCUUUCCUCAAGAUUAUGAUCUCUAUCGAGCCACUGACCGCUGACGACGAAGAGCUGGUCAAAACUGCGAAGGACCAAGGUAUCGAGUUGAUUGAUUAUGCCACUGCUCUGGACAUUGGUACAAAGAACCCGAAGCCUCACAGAAUUCCAACACCUGACACCUUGUACACCAUAUCCUUCACCUCAGGUACCACCGGUGUUCCAAAGGGUGUCGAGUUGAGACAUUCUCAUAUCGUUGCAGCUGAUACUUUCCUAUUUGCCCAUGUUCCAAUUCCAAAGGAACCGGUCUCAUUGGUGUUCUUGCCUCUGGCCCAUGUCUAUGAACGUUUCAAAAUCAUUUACGAGCUCAGUCAAGGUGCUGCAAUUGGAUUCCCUCAUAACCCAGAGAAUCCAAGAUCCUUCAUGGAGGACAUCAAGUUGUUGAAACCAACACAUAUGUCCUCUGUCCCAAGACUCUAUAACAGAAUUGAGAGUGGAUUGAAGGACAAGAUCAAGACAAUGCCUGGAUUCAAAGGUUGGUUGGUUAGAUUCGCCGUCGAUUACAAAUUGAAGCACGACGACGAUUCGUUCUUGGUUAAGAUCUUACAACCGUUGGUUCUUAACAAGAUUAGAGAACAAAUUGGGUUCGGUAAGUUGGACUUCCUCAUCUCUGGUGGCUCCCCAUUGUCUGGUGACUCCAUCUUUUAUCUUCGUAAAGUUUUGAACUCUGGGUUCUUCCAAGGUUAUGGUUCUUCAGAGACGUUUGGUGGUAUCGCCAUCACUACAAAGCAUGCAAAGGACACAUCUAGAACUGGUGCCAUUGGUGUCACCGCAGAGUUCAAGUUGAGAAACUUGCCGGAUUUGAACUACACGUACAAGGAGAAUAGAUCAGGUGAGUUGUUACUUAGAGGUCCACAGGUGUUUAGCACUUAUUUCAAGAACCCAGAGGCCACUUCCCAAGCUGUGGAUGCAGAAGGUUGGUUCAGUACUGGUGACAUUGCCCAAAUUGAUGAAGGUGGCCGUAUUGCAAUCAUUGAUCGUGUGAAGAACUUUUUCAAAUUAGCCCAAGGUGAAUACAUCGCUGCGGAGAAGAUUGAAAACUUCUACCUUGCUAACAACUCAUUCACAUCUCAAUUCUUUGCAUACGGUGACAGUUUCCAGAACUAUCUCGUUGGUAUUGUCGGUAUCGAGGAGCCAGACCUGUUGAAGUUGUGUCAACAGUCGAAGACCUACACCAAGAUCAAAACCCAUGAACAACUUCUGCAGAGACUGAAUGAUUUGGAGUUCAGAAAGUUCAUUAUCGGUGAAUUGAACAAGAACGUUGAUCACUGUGGCUUGUUCUCGUUUGAGAAGAUUAAGAAUGUAUAUUUGGCUGUUGAUCCAUUCAAAGUCGAUGAUGAGACAAUCACUCCAACAAUGAAGUUGAAGAGAAACAACGCUCAGAAGCACUUCCAGUCGGUGAUUGAUGAAAUGUACAAGGAAGGUCCUAUUGUCUAA